ACCGUCAACAAAUUCCGAUAGACAACGAUGCAUGCAUUGCAAUUUGUGAUUGUUUUGGGGAUCUCUAUGCCGAUUCUGCUAAAUGCGGCAGGACUGAACUGCAAACAAAGAGUGGCCAAAAUAAAGAAUAUAUUGAAAUCAAUUAAGAAUGUUGAAAGGGAUUGUGAUGCUGAGUUUGAUUUACCAUGCGAUUGCGAGCCACCAACAGUAGAAUCGGCAGUGUGGACAACAUAUGUUCGAUGGGGCAGGACUGUAUGUCCAGCUACCAAUGGAGCUACAGUAUUGUACAAAGGUAUAGCAGCCGGAUCAGAACAUCUGCAUACAGGAGGAGGAAGUAAUUAUUUGUGUCUGCCUGAUGACCCGGAAUGGCAAACUUAUGUUGACGGAGUAGCUGUCGCUGGUGCUUAUAUACAUGGAGCUGAAUAUCAAUUUUAUAAAGACAACAAACACCAUGUUCCCUUUUCUGGUGCAAAUGCACCGGGAGGCGACCCUCAUGCCCUUCAUGACCAAGAUGUGCCAUGCGUUGUCUGUCAGAUACCCCGAAACACAGUGAUGAUUCCAGCAAAGCGUACAUGUCCUUCUGGUUGGACGAGUGAGUUCAAUGGUUACUUGGUGGCAGAACAUUACUCACAUCCUAGUAACAAGGAGUUUGUUUGCAUGGAUGAUGCACCGGAAGCUCUAACAGGAGGUCAUGAAAAUAGGAAUGGGGCAUUGUUUUAUUCUGUUCAAUCUGUAUGUGGUUCACUCCCGUGUCCGAAGUACGUCAAUGGCCGAGAGUUGACAUGCGUUGUAUGUUCAAAGUGAAUCAAGAAAUGUCACAUUUAAUAUUUAAAUAACAGAACAUUUAGUAAGAAGUAUCACAAUUUAAUAGAAUGAUGCAAAUAAAAUAUCCAAUGAUUC